AUGGCCAGUUUUGCAGGAACAACACAAAAGUGCAUGGCUUGUGACAAAACCGUUUACCUUGUUGAAAAGCUAACCGCAGAUGGCCGUAUCUAUCAUAAGGCCUGCUUCCGAUGCCACCAUUGCCGGAAUACCCUUAAGCUCGGCAACUUCUGUUCUUUUGAGGGGGUGCUCUACUGCAGACCUCACUAUGAUCAACUCUUCAAGCGAACUGGUAGCCUGGACAAAAGCUUCGAAGGAACACCCAAAAUUCAGAAACCAGAAAGACAGAACACUGAAAAUGAGAAUGCCAAGGUACUCGCAAACGUGUUCUUGGGCACCAGAGACAAAUGUGUGGUUUGCAAUAAGACUGUCUAUCCCACUGAGAAGGUUACGAUUAAUAGGAAUCCCUACCACAAGAGCUGCUUCAAAUGUACCUAUGGAGGUUGUACUAUAAGCUCAUCUAACUUUGUUACACAUGAGGGAAAACUCUACUGCAAACAUCAUCACAUUCAACUUUUCAAAGAGAAAGGGAAUUACAGCCAACUCGAGAAUGACCAAGACAACAAGCAUAGUAUGGCUGACAACAUCGCGUCCACGGGAAUUCCUGCUUAAUGUCUAAUGUACAAGAAUGC